AGCGCCCUUUGCUUCCGCUUGUAUUCACACUUUGGUUUCAAACGCUCUCGUUUGGCCUGUGAAUUGUCUACCGCAAGUUUAUUCCCUUCCACAUCCACCAUUUCCACUCUCUCUUUCUCCAUCCCCAUCAUCUCCAUGGCUAGCACCAACAUCCGCAUGCCCACGCGCACCCGCCCAGUUCCACGCACCAAAGCAGACGAGAACGCAACGAGCAGACACGCCCGCCAGUCGUCUGGCAUAGCUCCCUCUGGCGCGUCUCGCUUCACAGCCAAGGACAUUAUGGCAAGGCUGCCUGCCGCCCAUUCACGCACCGUCCUCAGCGAGGUCACUACGACAGCUGUGAACAGAAAGGACGCGCUUGGUAAAUCAGUUGCUGGGACCGACAAGGACAAACUAGAGACGGGCAUGAAACGUCUCCGUUCGAAUUCUGCCGCUAUUGCUGUUGCUCAACGCGUUCCUCUGGGUCCCGGACGGACCCAACCUCCAGUCAACCAUGCCACCAACACUCGCCCUCCCAGUCGCGUGCCGCGCCAACCCCUGCCUGAAAGAAAGUCCACGCGCGCGCAGGUCCCGCCCGUCGCAAUCGACGAUGAUGAUCAUGUGGACCAGCUGGAGAACGCGGAGGCCGACGCGAUGCAAAUGGAGGUCGAGUAUGAGCCGAUCGCGGCGCAGAACGCGGCCGCGGCCGAUGACGAAAACGAAGAACACGCCGAGGAUAUGGCUGUCGUCGAGGAAGAGGACGUCCAGGACGAGCUCGAAGAUGAUGAUGAUGAUGAUCUUGAUGAAGCCAUUGCACUUGCUCCUGUCGAACCUCGACAAUGGCCGGACAUUACGCCUGAACGCGCUCUUCAAUACAGGAAGGAGGUCCAGGCUGUCCGCGAUACCUUCCAAGAUGACGUUGACAUCUAUGACACGACCAUGGUGUCGGAAUACGCUGAAGAUAUUUUCGAAUAUAUGAGCGAUCUCGAGGAAAAGAUGAUGCCUGCUUCCAAUUACAUGGACCACCAGAACGAAAUUACCUGGGCGAUGCGCCAAACUCUUGUUGACUGGCUGCUACAAGUUCACCUGCGAUAUCACAUGCUCCCCGAAACGUUGUGGAUAGCGGUCAACAUUGUUGACCGCUUCUUGACACAACGAACGGUUUCCCUGAUCAAGCUGCAGCUCGUCGGUGUGACAGCUAUGUUCAUCGCGGCUAAGUACGAGGAGAUCCUUGCCCCGUCUGUGGAGGAGUUCGUGUUCAUGACGGAGAAUGGAUACAGCAAGGAGGAGAUUCUCAAGGGCGAACGGAUAAUGCUGCAGACCCUCGAAUUCCGCGUUUCGCACUACUGCUCGCCGUACAGCUGGAUGCGCAAGAUCAGCAAGGCAGACGACUAUGACAGACAAACGCGAACCCUGAGCAAGUUCUUGACGGAAGUCACGUUGUUGGAUCAUCGGUUCCUAUGCGCGAAGCCAAGCUUGAUCGCUGCGGUCGGGAUGUACUCUGCACGUCGGAUGCUUGAUGGCGACUGGAAUGAAGCAUUCGUUUUCUAUUCGGGCUACACAGAAGAAGAGCUGAUUCCAGGGCACGAUAUGCUCGUGGACAAGCUGGCAGAACGCAACUUUUCGCGGCAAUAUGUUUGCCGAAAGUACGCACACAAGAAGUUCCUCAAGGCGGCAUCGUUCGCCAUUGAAUGGGCAAAGGCACAACCUAACGGUGGCUCUGUGGAGAGAAUGAUGCUCGAGGAAUGAGUGUGAUCUCCCGGUUCCAUUUAUCUGUUUAUUGUACAUUAUUUUUUUGCACAUUAUCGAUCAUUCCUCCUGCUGCAUGACCGUCACGCUUCUCUGCCCUGUCUCUCUUUCGCUAUUCCUUCAUGCUCUCAUUGCUAUCUAUCAUGCCACUCAUUUCCUCUAUGAUCACUCAUGCAUUUUCA